AUUUGGAGAGGCAUUUUGGUUCCCAUACCUUCUCUUGGAAUUUCAAGCUGUCGAGCUUGAUCGCUUAUUUUUGGUUGGUAAAAGACCAAUUUUUUUGUCAUCCCUAUCGGAUUUUUUUGGAUUUUUCUCCUUGGGAAAGAUUCAAUCUUGCCGCGGCUUGCGUUGGUUCUCAAGGACUCCUUUCGGUUAGUCCUUCGAGAAAACCGCGAAAGGUUGGAUCUUGGUCCGAAAAUCCACUAAAUCCAAUGGGGAAUUGCUGCGCCGUCCCCGUUGAUCCGGAGACGACGACGACGAAGAAUAAGAAGAAGGAGAAGAGGCAGAACCCUUUCUCUAUCAGUUACCUCCGCGGACCCGCACCCACCCUCGUCGUCCUCAAGGAACCCACCGGCCGGGACAUCGAGAGCCGGUACGAUCUCGGCCAGGAGCUCGGCCGCGGGGAGUUCGGCGUCACAUGCCUCUGCACCGACAAGGCCACGGGGGAGCACUUCGCCUGCAAGUCCAUCUCCAAGAAGAAGCUGCGCACGGCGGUGGACGUCGAGGAUGUGAGGAGGGAAGUGGAGAUCAUGCGGCAUUUGCCGAGCCACCCAAAUAUCGUGAGCCUCAAGGACACCUAUGAGGACGACACCGCGGUCCACCUCGUCAUGGAGCUUUGCGAAGGAGGGGAGCUGUUCGAUCGGAUUGUUGCGAGGGGGCAUUACACCGAACGGGCCGCUGCCAUGGUCAUGCGAACAAUUGUUGAAGUGGUGCAGAAUUGUCACAAGUACGGGGUGAUGCACCGCGACCUCAAACCAGAGAACUUCUUGUUUGGAAGCAAAAAGGAAAAUGCCCCUCUGAAAGCCAUCGAUUUUGGGUUGUCUGUAUUUUUUAAGCCAGGUGAGCGCUUUACUGAGAUAGUUGGCAGUCCUUACUACAUGGCUCCAGAGGUUUUAAAGCGAGAUUAUGGCCCAGAAGUUGAUGUCUGGAGUGCAGGAGUUAUCCUAUACAUCCUGCUUUGUGGUGUGCCACCAUUUUGGGCAGAAUCAGAGCAAGGCAUCGCACGAGCAAUAAUCCGCUCGGUAAUCGAUUUCAAAAGAGACCCAUGGCCAAAGAUUUCUGAUACUGCCAAAGACCUUGUCAAGCGGAUGCUUGAUCCAGAUCCUAAGAGACGUUUGACAGCUCAGGAAGUUCUUGAUCACCCUUGGCUGCAAAAUGCCAACAAGGCUCCCAAUGUUAAUCUUGGUGAAACUGUUCGUUCAAGACUCCAGCAAUUUUCGGUGAUGAAUAAAUUAAAAAAGAAAGCUCUUAGGGUGGUGGCUGAACAUUUAUCUGUCGAGGAGGUUGCUGACAUAAAGAAUAUGUUUGAGAAGAUGGAUGUAAACAAGAAAGGGCAAAUAACACUAGAGGAGUUAAAAUAUGGUUUGCACAAGCUGGGACACCAUAUUCCUGAUGCAGAUGUCAUAAUACUAAUGGAAGCCGCUGAUGCUGAUGGAAACGGCUCCCUGGACUAUGGAGAAUUUGUUGCCGUCUCCAUCCACCUAAAAAAGAUUGGAAACGAUGAACACCUGCACAAGGCCUUUCAAUACUUUGAUCAAAAUAAGAGUGGAUAUAUAGAAAUCGAAGAGCUCAGGGACUGUUUGGCUGAUGACUUGGGUCCGAAUCAUGAAGAAGUGAUUAAUUCCAUCAUUCGUGACGUAGACACAGACAAGGACGGAAAAAUAAGUUACGAUGAGUUUGCAACGAUGAUGAAGGCAGGUACGGAUUGGAGGAAGGCAUCGAGACAGUAUUCAAGGGAGAGGUUCAAUAGCCUAAGCUCGAAACUAAUGAAGGAUGGAUCUUUAGAGCCGAAAAGUGAGGGUAGUUGAGAACUGGACAGACCUACAUAUGCAGAGUUUGAACUCGAUAUCUCUUUUAUUGGCUUUGCAUUAUUCCUUCUUUCUUGAAUACCUUUCGGGCCAUCAGUUCCUUCACCUCGUUUCUUCAUUAAUUUGGUUUCUGUUAUAUGAUAUGGAGAUU